CCUUCAGUGCGGCGGUGGCGCGUGUUUUGGGUCGCCUUGUGUGUAAUUACAGCAGCUGCAAGAGGGCUGAACAGAGUUCUGAGCCCAGCACAACAUUGCAAUAAUAUUGCCCUCGCACUUUGUUGGGGAUUGUAAGCACGCAUUUGGCCUAUUGCCUUGCUGCACUGAAAUAUGGGAGAGACAGAGAAAGCGACGAGUGACACAGCACGUACGGAAUCCAGUAUUCAGAAAAAGGAAAAGGAAAAGGAGAAAAAGAAAAGGUCACGAGUUAACAAGGUGCUUUCUGAGAUUAAAAAGCAGGUUGAAUUUUGGUUUGGUGAUGUGAACCUCCACAAAGAUCGCUUCCUUCAGGAACAGAUUCAAAGAUCCAGAGAUGGAUAUGUUGAUAUAUCUGUGCUGACAGUGUUCAACAAAAUGAAAAAAUUAACCACUGAUGUAAAACUAAUAGCAAGGGCAUUAAAAAAUUCAGAUGUUAUUGAGCUCAAUGUAGAAGGAACAAAAUUAAGGCGGCGCAUGGCAUUAGGAGUCCAACCACAAGAUGUUGACGACCGUACUGUUUAUGUGGAAUUGCUACCCAAAAAUGUCUCUCACAGCUGGAUAGACCGUGUAUUCAGUAAAUGUGGAAACGUAGUCUACAUCAGCAUUCCUCGUUAUAAAACAAGUGGUGACCCAAAAGGAUUUGCAUUUGUGGAAUUUGAAACUAAAUCAGGAGCCCAGAAAGCCAUUGAGUUACUGAAUAAUCCUCCAGAAGAUGCACCACGAAAGCCUGGUGUUUUCCCCAAGACAGUAAAGAACAAACCAGUUCCUGGGCUUAAUUCCAGUGACUGCAAUACCCCAGUACAAUAUCUUAAAACAAUUCUCUAUGUAGAAGAAAAGAAGAAAAAGAAAAAAAAGAAAUCUCGAAAGGCAGAAAGCUCUUGUCAGUCAACUACAGAGGUGAUGGACCAUUCGCACAAAGAACAUACUGAGGCCUCAGAUAAAGUGAAGGGGAGCAGAGUUACGUCUGACUGUUCUGAAACCGAUGUGCCAGAUCUUUACAGGGCUAGGUCAAAAGGUGAAACUCGUAAACGAGAAAAAUUAGAAGAGUCCAGUCGGAGGAAACGAAAGAGAAGUAGUCCUGAAAAACUGGAAGAUGUGUCCUCUGCAAAAGUGAGAAGAGUUGACAGAGAAAAAGAUAAGACUGACAGUGAAAAAGAAAUCAAAGACGUUUCAACAGAAGAUGAGCAUGGUUCAGGUGACAAAAAAGAUGAAUCCAUGUCAAAAAGCAAAAGAAAACGGAAAAAAAAGCACAAAGAUAGACACAAGGUAGAAGAAGAGGUUAUUCCUCUGAGAGUACUGUCCAAGAAAGAGUGGAUGGAUUUAAAGCAGGAGUAUUUAACGCUGCAGAAAUCCAGCAUGUCCAACUUGAAAAAAACUAUGUUAGAAAUCAAACAGAAAAAUGACAGCGAGGCAAUGGAGGUGACUGACAAAAGGAAACAGGAAUGUAAAAACGACAAAGCAAAGGUUAACGAUGGAGGAACCCAUCCCUCUGCGAAGGUUAACACCCUGGGGCCACAGUUUGUGAGUGGAGUCAUUGUGAAGAUCACCAGUACUGAGCCCCUGCUGGGCAGGAAACAGAUCAAGGAUGUUUUGAUGAAGUCAUCUGAAGUUUUGUACGUGGACUUGCUUGAAGGAGAUACUGAGGGACAUGUUCGAUUUAAAACUCCUGCAGAUGCCCAAACUGUAAUGAAAGCACAUCGAGAAAUACAGAGCAAAUACAACUGGAAACUUGAACUUCUCUCAGGUGAUGGUGAGCAGCGUUAUUGGCAGAAGAUUUUGGUGGAUAGGCAAGCAAAAUUAAACCGCCCACGGGACAAAAAGCGGGGCACUGAGAAGUUGAUUGUCAAGGCUGAAAAAAUUAUCGUGGCCAAGACACACAAAGCUGGCAAGCACAUACAUUUCUCUGACGAAGACUAAGAAUGUCAUACCAAAGCAUCUUCUUUCUUUUGAAAGGAUUUUUUCUACUUUGAAAAGUUUUAACAG